GACAAACCUUCAAGCCCAAGCCCUAACGUCAACGCGCGCGCAGCUACACUUCGCCUCCCACACGUCGCGUCCGAGCACUUUCCAGCUUCAGCACUUUAUUGUGUGUCAGUCUUCGACCCCUCGCCUUCGCGACAAGCUUCUGUUCCGCGGUUCACGCGUUACGUCGUCGUCACGCUCCCUCUCCCGCCGCGACGCCGCGCUGCGCGCCUCUGACCACCACUACAUCACUUCUACUAUCAUUUGUUUUCGCGACAAUGUCUUCGACGCGUCCGUUCCCCGAGCGCAUGAACCCGCUCCUCGAGCCGACAGAUAGCACAGCUAUCGAGAUCCUCAUCGAGAGGCGUCGCUUGGGCCAGACCAACCUCGGAACAAAGACUGGCGCCACCGGUCUUACCAGCGCGACGAAGCCGCAGCACAGCGGCCUGUUCGACUACGCGCACCUGCGCGUGCCCUUGCCCAAGGAUCUCUCUGGCUCGGAGAUAUUCAUGCCUGGCACCAGCGGAUACCCGGUAUCCUACUUCUUGAUGCGCCGCAGCAGCGACGGCUAUAUCAGCGCGACUGGCAUGUUCAAGGCCGCUUUCCCCUGGGCCACAUUGGCUGAGGAGGAGGCGGAGCGCAAGUACCAGAAGACGUUCCCGUCCGCCGGUCCCGAGGAGGUCGCAGGUAGCGUCUGGAUCGCGCCAGAAGAGGCACUUUCACUUGCCGAUGAGUACUCUAUGCGCCACUGGGUUCUCGCGCUUCUUGACAACGAGCCAAUUGAAAAGGGCGCAAAGGACAAGAACAACAUACACAUCCAGGCACCUCCCAAGUUCGACAUGAGCAAGGCUCAGAACGUCAAGCUCCCUCCCCACACGUCUGCUCUUCGUACAACUCGCGCGCGAUCAACCCGAAGUGUCUCGCCCAGCAAGAUGGCCACACCAAGCCGCAAGAUUGCAACUCCCCGCAAGUCGCGCGCCACACGCGGCCGUUCUGAGGCUAUGAGGGCAGAGGAGAUCUUCCAGAGCACCGCCACUGAAUCGCCAUCUUCCGCUCUGGUUGCCAACGGCAUCAAGCAGUCGGAGUCGGUCGCGUCCUCGGUCAACGGCGACCCCAAGGAGGCGCAAGAUAGCGAGGCCAAGUCGGAAACUGUACGCAUUGAGGUCAAGGAGACGGUCGAGCAGAAGGGCGACUCCGAAGUCACGACAACAAAUGUUCAAAUCGAUGUACCAGCUUCGCACCCUGAGCUGCGCGAGCCUGAAGACCCCGCCAAGAUGAUCGAGGAGGCGAAGCGCAUGGUCGAGGAGGCGAGGGAGCUUGACGCUGGCGCUUCCAGCAGACUCACAUCAUCGAAGCGCAAGGUCGAGGACGUCCUCGAUGAUGAAGAGCUCGAGGCCGAGCGACCGAGCAAGCUAUCCAAGAAGCUCUACACAACAGAGCAGAAGCUUACAAAGGAGAAAGUAACAAGGAGAGCGCUCUUUGGUCUGGGAGUAAUGGCAGUAUUCGGUACGGCCAUUCAAUACUUUGCAUAAUUGCUCUGUCAACUUUUUCCUUUCUUCAUUCACGGUUGGCAUUCUGUCUGCAUUACUAGUGUUGGAUUCUCGAAUUUCAGUCUGUACUAUUCGACCACCACUCGAUUUAUUUACUGCAGAUACCUUCUCGAUCUUCUGCUCAUUUGGCGCUUGCAUGUCCAUGGUUGGGCGCUGUACACUCGUUCUGUACAAGGGCGGGCGGAUAGCUUGGGGUUGGGCGACCACCUCCGGCAUCAAGUAGAGUACUCUAAUUGAAUUCCAAGGGCGGCAUCUUCAGAACCG